CCGGAACCGGAUGUGAGGUUUAAAAUAUAUUAGCUCCAGCACCGCGUUGGAUGCCUGGCUGACCCAGACAUGAGCGACAACGUGAAGUUGUUUGUGGGGAAUCUUCCUAUAGACGCGACCCAGGAGGAGCUGACCAAGCUGUUCGGGCCGUACGGAGAGAUCAACACCUGCUCGCUGCUCCGGCAGUACGCCUUCGUCACGCUGAAGGGCGAGGGGGCGGCCGACAGGGCCAUAAGACAUCUGGAUGGCAAAGAGUACAGAGGCAGACCCCUGGUGGUUGAGGAGUCGCGUGCACGCCCACCCAACUCUACUAAAGUGUUUGUGGGGAACCUCAGUGCAACAUGUUCAGCAGAUGACUUGCAUGGACUGUUCUCAACCUUUGGAAGAGUUUUAGACUGUGAUAAAGUCAAAGCAAGAUUAUGCUCAAAUGUUGGUUAUGCAUUUGUGCAUAUGGAGAGGAAGGAGGAAGCCAUGGUAGCAAUCGACGCACUCAAUGGGACCAUGUUCAAGGGCCGUCAGUUGGCUGUAGAGUUGUCCAAAGCACAACCUUUGAUCAACCAGCUUGUAUCAGGAAAUUCACCUGCUCCUACAGGUGACAGAGAGGGUCUCCUUCCCCGACCUCACCCGUCAUUGGAGCAUCAUCAGAGCCAGGCAGCGGUGCUGGCUGCAGCUGCUGCGGCAGCUGCUGGGCUUCCCAUACAAGUUCAACAAAGUGUCCAUAAUUCAUUUUACAAUACAACUUCCUUCGACCCCACCUACGCUGCUCUAAAGGGAAUUACAAAUUCUAAAGGUGCAGACGGGGUAAUUUACGGUGCUCUUGCUAGCCAGGUGUAUGGAUCUGUUGCUGACCAGGUGUACCAAGAAAUGGCCACUCACACUACAACUGCUAGUGCCGAAGAGGUCGAGCCACAGCCUGAUCCCACAACACUCUUUGAAGCAGCAAGAGCAAAGUUCUUCCAGGAAGGGCAGAAGGUUCUGGCAGAGCAGCAAGCAGGUAGAAAAGCAGCAGCCACAGAGAACGAGCGGGACCGCAGCCCCAUAAGAGGAAACCGAGCCCCUCUCCUUCCCGAUCCUGUUCCUGGUUCAUUUGCCCAGAUACGACCCAAGCGACGGGCCCUGCUGCCAACCCCGCCCGGUGCACCUGAAGAAUCCACGACGGCAACAACUACUUCUGAAGGGUCAGAUCCUGUUGCUAGGUCCUACUCAGAGUACUACCAACAGAUGCAUCAGUACCAACAGUAUCAACAAUACCAGCAGCAGUAUCAAUACCUCCAGUAUGCCUACACCAAUCCUCCUCCACCACCCCCUCCGCCUCCACCAGCCACCACACAGACGCAAGCCUCCACCACAGCCCCCGCCCCUCCAGGGACGUACACAGCCCCCCCGACAUACGCCACAUCGGAAGCUUACGCAGCCCCGGGAACGUAUGACACGUCACGAGGUUACGACACCUCAGCAGGGAACUACGACACUUCAUCUGCCAAUUAUGAUGCUGGAAGCUACGACGCCUCAGCAGGCUAUGAUGCAUCUGGAAACUACGGGGCAUCAGGAGCAUAUGAUUCAUCUGGAGCUUACACAGCAGCGGGAAACUACUCGGCAUCCACACCGUAUGAGCAGACACCCGCACACGGGCAAACCAUGCCCCAGCGUCACGAUUACCCUUACCACACGCCAGAACCCCCGUAUCGAUAGAGCCACCCCCAACACACUCCUUACAUACUGCUGAUGUGUGCGCGCACGUAUGUGUAUUUACAUAAGCGACAGUUAAGAGGAAAUGUCAGAGAGGAUGAAAGGUCAUAAUUAAAAUAUGGUUUAUAUCCAAAGCAUCUCCCCCUUUUCCACUUUGACUAAAUAUUUUGCAAGUCAUCAAAGUGAAAUGUCUUUAGAGAAGCAGAGAUAAUCGGGGAAUGUUUUCCACUAUUCAUAGUUUAGAUGUUAUGGAGGCACAGCUGGUUCUCUUGAAUAUUAAGGCGUACAGAUUGCUUCAGCCAUGGUUGGAGUCGGAGGCCAAGUUUCAGCUUCUCCAGCAAACCUUUUUUACUUUUGUGUUGAAUCAAGGCCUUUUAUAUAUUCUACACAUUUUUCCAAAACUGAAAUGCACAGUCCGUUCUGGAUAGUAGUACAUUUUCAAGUGCAGCAUCACACAUUUCAGGGAAAAUACAAAAUGUAUAAAUGUGGCUCAGAAAAUAACCCAUCAGUAAGUCAAGUUUCCAAACAUGAUUCUGCGUCCUGACAGAAUGAGAUUGUUGCAUCUAUUUUUCAGAACUCUAGGACAUCUAUAGGUACACUUCACUCAUUCAUUUACAUUAAACUCUGCGAUAUGUGACGGUAUUGUGCUUUUCCAAUAAACUGACAAACAUUUCCAUUAUUUUGUUCAUGAGGUUAAAUGGCAGAAACAUCUUAUGUUAAAGCUCUACAGCUCAAACAUCACCACAAGUUACUCCCUCCAAAAAGAUACUUUGCUCAACACCUAUCUGCAGCUGCAACAUAAACUGGCAACUAAGAAAAAAAGGGUAUGUGGAGUAUUGUAGAGUAUGUAAUAGGCCUUUGCUCCUUCACACUUCUCCUUUCUCCUCCUUCUUCAGAAAGAUAAACUUGAGUUUCAGUGGAGAGUCAGGCAAGCGUUGAUAGUCUUGGUUCUGUUCAUGGCAUAUAACAUUUGUCUCCCUGGUUUAAUUAAAUCGGGCAAUUUAUUCCGAACAAGGUUGCUUACUUUUGUAGGACAUGGAAUUUCUCUGAUGUGGCACAGGUGAUCGUAUUCCAUCACUCGGACUAUGGUGAAGUCCACCUAACGGUUUAGGAUUAAGGUAUUUGCAUUUCACCCACUGACUUGAUCUAUUUUUUUUUAUGUUUAAAAGAAAGCUUUUACUCUAAAUUGAAAGUUUACCCAGCCGGUUUAGUUAACUUAAGUUUUGUCCCGGAUUUUGGUGGAUACUAUAGUUGUGUGAUUAAAUAUGCCUGUGGUUUGGAAAUUGUAAGGGAAAGCUCUAUUUGAUCUUUUGACGUGACUUUUAUAGGAUGAUCCCAUGAAGCAUUUCAGAUGGAAUAAAUGGAAUUGGCUGUUUUCCUCUGGAUUUAUUCACAUUAUCUGUUUUGCUGGUUUAUUCUCACUUAGCCCAGACCCCUUGUUUCCGUCUACUCAAACAAAGGUUAUUUUUUGCCUCCGUAGCCUCGAAACAGGAUUUUUUUAGGCAAUUUGUGAAAUUAAUUUGAGAGUUCAGUUUUGUGUUGUUGUUUUUUUCUUUCCCGGAACAUAAGAAAAGUAACCAAGUUGAAUGCAUCUACAUAGUUCUAUGGUUUUAGACAACAGAUAGUAGUUAAAGUUGUCUUCUCUGGAGUUUUGUACAUAUGUGAAUUUGUAAGUCAAGAGUAAUGUUAGUAAGUAAUGCUUGGCCAGUGAUGCUCAUUGAUCUGGAGUAUUUUUCAAAACUUAAACUUCUAAUUUGACCUUUUUCAUACAUAUUUUUUUUCUUUUUUUCCCCCCUUUCAUCUGUUGUCAUGCCUUUGGCUUUAGUGGAAAAUAUUGGUUAUUUUGGGGAAAUGUUGAGCUAGUUUUCAGAACAGAAAAUAUUCACUUUGGUACUCCUGUAAAUAUUUAAACUUUUUCUUUCUUUUUAUUAAAUCUGAAAAAGUAAUUCUAGCCAACAUUUGGUAAGAAUAUUGAUUGUUAGCUGCUGAAGUGACUGGUUUUAUUUAAGCGUAGUAGACCUCAUGAGGUAGGUAGGACAGUUGAAAUGUUGUUCUGAGCUCUAACGGAGAGUCAGCCGUUUAGUAUGCGUCAACGGAGAUCAGUCAUGCUUGCACAUGCAGUGUGUGAUGUAGACAUGGGAAUUAAAACUUAAAUUGGACAUUGAAUAUUGUUGGAAAUUAGGAGUACGAAAGGUAUAGAGAACAGUGAUUGACUUUUCAAGAAAAGUUAAAGUGCAAAGAGCGCUGGAGAGCGCUGGAUUAUUGGGGAUGCUGGGAUUGUUUGACUGGAUGGAUUUCAGCUCACACUCGUGGUGCUGCAGGUGAUAUGAAACUAAUUUUGGAAUUCAUAAAGGCGCUCAUUUCUGUGUGGUAGUCAGCGGUGAGAAGGGCGUAUGACCUUUACUCUUCCCUCAUCUGAUCACCGGAAGCACACCUCAUUGUAACGCAUGGCUGGUAUUGGCGUUCUCUGCAUUCAUGUAACACCAUGACAACGUUUAGACGCCACACUUAGUCUAAAUGUGUUUUUAACUGAGUUCUAGCGUUUCUCAAUAAAACAGAAUGUGCAAAGUACGGUAUACUAAUGCACAGCUGAUUUCACCUGAGUCUUUUGACUUAAAGUAGUUGCUCUCAUGUGAUUGUACUACACACUGCUCAUCUUGUCUCUCAUCGGACACCUGAGUUUUCUAGUGCCGUGUUAGGUUUAAGUGACACACAGCAACUCUACAUUUCAAUAAUAUUCCACCUUCUCCAUUUGAACUGUUAGUUGCAUGCCUUGUUGUUGCUGCUCCUCCAGCCACCUUCUUCCUCUUGCUGAUUAUUACAGCUAGAGUGGGAGGGAGCCAAACUGAGCCCUUGCCCUGGACGUACGCCACACGCAGCUGUAGAGUGGGAUGGGGAAAACAGCAGCGUUAGGCCUGAAACUGCUGUGGACGAUGGGGUGUCUCCCCACUAAGGUAAACACUCAGACCACACACUCCUGCCCCUCCCCAAACCAUGCCAACACACUCACGAGCACGCAUAUAGUCAAGAAAUACCUAUGUCCAUACGCAUUAUUCUUAUGGCAUCACGGAUUUUCAUUUUAUCAGGAUUUCAGACGUCUGGAAAAGUGUCUCCACUCCUCUGUAAAAGGAGAUCACUUUUUUCUUCCCUGUUUUGAUAUCCCUCCUCAUAUUCUUUUUUUUUUUUUUUUUUUUUUUCCUUUUUUUUCUUCUUCUUUUUUCCCUCCCCCAAGCGUACUCUGCUCAUACAUUCCUCCUCUGAACUUGACAACUCGCAUACGAUUCCUUGAGGACAUCUAUUCCACUUUUAGUCUAAAUGGGAAUGCUGUCAGCAGACGUUUUGUUGUUUGUACUGACAGUAUCAAGCAGUCGCAGCCACAGUCGGAUAUGGGACAGUUCGGUGGGGUGGGUUAUUUUAGUUUUUCAACAUGCAACCCUGCGGCCACUUUGGGGUUAAGUGCCUUGCUAAAAGAGCACACUGGUAGACCCUCCAUUUCACAGUUGAACGACCUGGUUCAGGAUCAGCUGCUGGUCCAACGCUCAACACCCCGUCUCCCCAAAAUGAGUUUUUGAUGCCACAUUCAAAAUGUACGAAUGAACACAUACAACCAUUGUUUUAAAUUACGUUUUGUCCUUUUGUUCUUUGAAAUGUUUAUCAAUAAAUGAAUUUCAACUGAA